AAGAAAACACAGUGCAUAGUGAAUGUUUUCUUCAUUCAGUGUUAACGAUGAUGUUCAAUUUGAGUUUAUGUGUCUUCCUCUUUCCUUGUGUGAAGAAGAAGCCCUCAAAACAGCUUCGUUUUCCAGGGAGAAAAAGCUCAAAAACCCCUGAAAGUAAAGAGAUGUUUGCAGGUGAAAAUGGGUUGGAAGGAGACCCACGAUUGAAGGCCAUUAAAGAAGCCAUUAGAGUCGUUCCUCACUUCCCAAAACCAGGAAUUAUGUUUCAAGAUAUAACUACACUGUUACUUGAUCACAAGGCGUUUAAGCACACUGUGGAUAUUUUUGUUGAUCGUUAUAGAAAUAUGAGGAUCGAUGUGGUAGCUGGAUGCGAGGCGAGAGGAUUUGUGUUUGGCCCUCCAAUUGCCUUGGCUAUCGGUGCCAAGUUUGUUCCUCUACGUAAACCUAGAAAGUUACCAGGAGAAGUCAUCUCCGAAGCAUACACACUGGAAUAUGGAACAGAUUGUUUAGAGAUACAUGUUGGGGCUGUUCAAACUGGAGAACGGGCUAUAGUCAUUGAUGAUUUGGUGGCUACAGGUGGUACACUCUGUGCAGCAAUAAGACUAUUAGAACGUGUUGGAGCUGAAGUAGUUGAAUGUGCAUGCGUUAUUGGGUUGCCAGAGAUUCAGGGACAAAACAGGCUAAAUGGAACGCCGUUGUACAUGCUUAUUGAGCCACGCCAGUAAACAAAAACUCUUAGACGAAGGAACAGUGUACACGAGACUUUUGUAUUCGUGCUGUAAAAAAUCGAUGUAUUAGAGAAAGUCUUUAUUGAUUUUUUUCUGCGUAAGCCAUCAGUAGAUAUGAAAUUUUGUUGUAUAUCUGGAUAUCCUCAGUUCAUAUAUAA